AUGAGAUGGGGCGGGCCUGUCUACUUUGGGCAGUGCGGCGGCUGGCCCACGCCGUUUCAGAGGCUCAGAGGCCCACGGCCAACGGGAACCUCGACGGCUCAGGUUGCGCUGUUCUGUUCCUGCUCGCCCGGCUCCAAUGUCACUCGGAGCCAAGCUCCACGCCCUGUUUCAGACCCUCCCGCCUCUAUGCUGCCCUUGGCCACCAGCGCCUGGACGAUGCGACGCGACCAAGACUACAUCAACCAUGGCGCCCUCCACCCAACUCCUCCUGCUCGUGUCCACCCACGCUCACACUCUCUCUUCUCCCUCUCUCUCUUCCAUUCAUUAAGAGUUGACUCUCUCUCUUGCUUCGGCAACUGCUUCAUUCACUCCCCCCACACCCCCUCGUGUUUCCAUUCACUCCCUCCCUUACUUUCUUUUCCGCGUGCUGGCACGUCUUGGCCGAUACGUCAAUCACCUCAGACUUCCUGCCUGACACACGCCUUGCCCUGUACGUAUACCCUCCACUGCCGUUCAACCGUAUACCCACUAGGCCUCAGUGGGGCUUGUCCACCUACAACGUCUCACUUGAGUGCCUUUUACUAUUGUGUGCUUCUUCUAUACAAUACCCUCUGUUCCCCUUUCACAGCGAUCAUUCUCCUUCUUGCUCUAGUGUUUGGCUUGGUUGUUUGUCUACAGUAG